AUGGAGUACCACUACAUCAGCGUCAUCAGGGAUCCGGCCAGUCCAGACAUCCCCGAUGGGUGGAUACUGAAAAGCCCAGACGCCGAAUUCUGGCGUGUGAGGAGAACCGUAAACGUUCAGCUUCCUGCCGUGUGGGAAAGUCAAGCGAUUGCUUGGAAUGGGCCGGAGAAAGGCGAGAAGGAAAUCGUCGGGCAAAAUCCGGAUCAAGCACGAGAUCGUGGUUACCAGCUAUAACAAGGUUAAGUCACCAGCGUGGAUGAGAAGGUCGCCAUUGGGAACCUCUAGUGUGGAGCUGUGUGUGUCUGA